UGGAGAUAAAGAGGCGUGGACUUUGCCGGGACGCAAUAACGGUCUUUCCUGCAUUAUCACUCCGUCUAUCUAUCUCCUCUUCGCUCGCGCUGCGCUCGCCUCCUCUUCUCCUCCUCUCUUCUUCUUCUUCUUCUUCUUCUUCUUCUCCUCCUCUUCUUCCUCUCCGGUCAAACUGCAAAAAUGCGCGAAAUCGUGCACCUGCAAGCCGGACAGUGCGGCAACCAGAUCGGAGCAAAGUUCUGGGAGGUGAUCAGCGAUGAGCACGGCAUCGACCCGACUGGAACGUACCACGGAGACAGCGACCUGCAGCUAGACAGGAUCAGUGUCUACUACAAUGAGGCUUCAGGUGGGAAAUAUGUUCCCCGUGCCAUCCUUGUGGAUCUGGAGCCCGGAACCAUGGACUCAGUCCGCUCCGGCCCUUUCGGACAGAUCUUCAGACCUGACAACUUUGUGUUUGGACAAAGCGGUGCUGGAAACAACUGGGCAAAGGGCCACUACACUGAGGGGGCGGAGCUUGUGGACUCUGUGCUGGACGUGGUGCGUAAGGAGGCGGAGAGCUGCGACUGCCUGCAGGGUUUCCAGCUCACUCACUCACUGGGUGGCGGCACGGGCUCCGGCAUGGGCACGCUACUCAUUAGCAAAAUCCGUGAGGAGUAUCCCGACCGCAUCAUGAACACCUUCAGCGUAGUGCCCUCGCCCAAAGUGUCCGACACUGUGGUGGAGCCGUACAACGCCACCCUGUCCGUUCACCAGCUGGUAGAGAACACAGACGAGACCUACUGCAUCGACAAUGAGGCGCUUUACGACAUCUGCUUCCGCACGCUAAAGCUGACCACGCCCACGUACGGAGACCUGAACCACCUGGUCUCGGCCACCAUGAGCGGCGUCACAACCUGCCUGCGUUUCCCCGGGCAGCUCAACGCAGAUUUGCGUAAGCUGGCCGUCAACAUGGUGCCCUUCCCGCGUCUUCACUUCUUCAUGCCCGGGUUCGCUCCUCUGACCAGCAGGGGAAGCCAACAGUACCGCUCUCUGUCCGUGCCCGAGUUGACUCAGCAGAUGUUCGAUGCCAAGAACAUGAUGGCGGCCUGCGACCCACGUCACGGCCGCUACCUCACCGUGGCCGCCGUCUUCCGAGGCCGCAUGUCCAUGAAGGAAGUGGACGAGCAGAUGCUCAACGUGCAGAACAAGAACAGCAGCUACUUCGUCGAGUGGAUCCCCAACAACGUCAAGACGGCCGUGUGUGACAUCCCACCACGCGGUCUCAAGAUGGCCGCCACCUUCAUCGGCAACAGCACGGCUAUCCAGGAGCUGUUCAAGCGCAUUUCCGAGCAGUUCACCGCUAUGUUCAGGCGCAAGGCUUUCCUACACUGGUACACCGGAGAAGGCAUGGACGAGAUGGAGUUCACCGAGGCAGAGAGCAACAUGAACGACCUGGUCUCCGAGUACCAGCAGUACCAGGACGCCACCGCCGAGGAGGGCGAGUUCGAGGAGGAGGGCGAAGAGGAGGUCGCUUAAAUCUAAGCCACGCCCAUCCAUCCAUCCAUCCAUCCACCCUUUAUCACUUGCAACGAUGGUCCUAACAGCUGUGGCGUUUCCAAUGAAUCGUGCAACAUUUUCUUUUUCUUUCUUCUUCAUUUGUCUUUGUGUUUUUGUCCAU